GCUAGUCACUCUCCUCCUGUGCACUCUUGCUUGGUCGCGGAUACCGUGUGCCGCCGCUGGUAUCGGCGUUGUCGGCCCGAGGCGGUGAUGCCAGACUCUGACAAGGAGCUGGAAUCAGCUCUCUCAGAACUGAGUGAGAUCGACACCAACGAGUGCAUUACGUGCACGAAACGCAGUUUAUGUACCAGAUGCAAGCGCCCAAUCAAUGUUUGUUGGUGUUCUCACCUACCCGUCGAUAAAAUCAAGACAUCAACUACAGUCUUGAUACUACAGCAUCCCAACGAGGAGAAGAGGAACGUGAGAACCGCUCCGAUGCUCGAAUCGGCUCUAGAGAACUGCCAUAUCAUCCGCGGACGACAUUUCUCCCGCCAUCCGCUUCUGAGGGAUACCUUCUCAAACCCUGAGAGAUCCUAUGUCCUCUAUCCUGCAUCGGAUGCGAUCGACGUGGAGGAUUUGGUCGCUGUUGGGAGAGACUACAGCUUGAUUGUGAUUGACGGCACUUGGAACCAAGCCAAGAGCUUAUAUUUCGGCAACAAGGAGCUACAUUCGCUGAAGAAGGUCAAAAUCAAUCCCACCCAUCCGUCCUACUACGUUAUUCGCACACAACCGCACAACGAGUGCCUGUCAACUGUAGAAUCUGUGGCGUUGGCCCUCAGCAAGAUGGAACGGUGGCCGGAGCUCAAUUCUCUACUUGUUAAACCUCUUGUCGCCAUGUGUGCCUUCCAGAUUGAACAUGGAGCCGAGAAGCACGAUUCAAAAGAGGAGCAGAUAAUCAGCGGCACAUUCAAGAAGAAGAUACCGAGAAAAAUCGAAAAUCGAAUACGGCAGUGUAAAGACUUCAAGCAUCUCUUGGGCUGA